AUGGAAGCCAUAGCGGCUUCGGGGCCCCCAGCGACAGGCGAAAGCACUCUGGGAGGUUACCCUGCUGCCACACACCUGCAUGCAAAUGACACCCAGUACCCAUCGUAUGGACGGAGCGGCCACCAGGAUGCCUACCGACAUGGCGAAGAACAACACGAAGAGUACGCCACCAGUGACAGGUCUACGCCACCGAGGGCACACUUCAAAGCCGGUCAGGCCCCAACAGAAGCGUAUAAACUCCUCGACGACGAGCACAGCCGACGAGGCAGUUUCUCUCCACCGUACGAUCGCCGAAAGCGGCGGGGUUGCUGUGGGAGGGUGUUUUGCAGCCCCAUUUGUUGGGUGGUGACGUUCGUGCUGUUGGCGGGCUUGGGAGUCACUUUGUUCUUUGUGUUCCCACGUAUACCCGACGUGGCCAUUUCGGACCCCUUCGUUCCGGCGGGAGGAGCUGCUGCAGAGGCGUUUACGAAGCAAGCGGACAAGUCGGCUGGAACCUGGACGCCUGGAUUGACCAACUCUGGCAAUCCCGCAGCUGCAACGCCAGCGAACCCGUUCGUGCUCGCUUUGGGACUGGGUGUCAACGUCACCGUCAAUUCCGCAAACUACAUCCCGUACAAAGUCAACAGCAUCAACGUGGUCGGUGCCUUGAGGGACGUCAACGGUCGCGAGAUCGUGAUGAGCAACCAGAAGAAUUCACUCAAAGUUUCCGCAGUCGUCAACGAUGUGACGAUCGAACCGAAAACUCAAACCCUGAUUCGCAUACCGGUCUCGGUAAACUACACCGUGGUCGGGCCGCUGACGGCGCAGACCCUCCUCCAAGACCCGGUCCUGGCGGUCUUGGCAAACGCAUGCGGAAUACCUGGACUGCAAGACAAGCAGGCCGGGGCCAAGUUCCGUCUCAAAGUCACAACCACUCUCGAUCUGAAGCUCGUUUCAUGGACGGGUUACAAGCCGCAGAUCGACAAGGAUGUGGCCUUUGAUUGUCCCAGCACAAUCUCAACUGCGUUGGCGGCGAUCUUCAGCGGCAUGGGCGGUGGGUUGGCUGCCGCGCUACUCGGGCCUGGGUUUGGUGCUGCGUUUGCACCGACGUCGGACUGA